AUGGAGAGUGGACAGGGAGUGUCCCGAAGAGGCCGGAAGCUGGCCUCCAGCCGCCGGAGGCAGACAAGAGAACCGGCCGACGGCCAGGAUGCCCCUGUGGCCCCAGAACCCGAGUCUUGGUCCUCUCAGGCUGACACAGAGCUGCAGGGAUUCUUCCAGGACUGUGGUGCCAAGGAGAGGGGCUUUGUCACCCGUGAGGACCUGGCGGGGGCCAAGUUCAGCUUCCUGGGUGGCGAGGAGGAGCCGCAGAUGAUCUUCGACUGGGUGGACUCUGAGUGCAGGGGACGCCUCUCUCUGGAAGAAUUCAGCUCUGGACUCAAGAACGUCUUCUGUUCCGGCUCGGGCACCCAUGGGCUUCGAAGGACGCGGCCACCGCCCUCUCGGAGGGUGCCUGUGACAGCCAGCUUCCCGGGCCUGGAGGAAGCGGAUGUGGAAGGCAGGGAGGCUUUCCUGGCCCUCGUCCAGCAGCUGGGGUCUGACCACUCCCUUUCUGAGCAAGCCAAGAUCUGGCAGCUAUGGGGCAAGCUAUGGCAGGAGGAGCCUCAGCUGGCCGGCAACCUGGAGGGCUUCCUGGCCAAGAUGAGGGCUCAUCUGCAGGAAGCUCGGGCUGACCAGGAGGCGCUGGAGCUGAUGCUGCGGAAACGGGACUCUGACCACCACCGCGUGGUGCGACAGCUCUAUGAGGAGGCCGAGGAGCAGAUCCGCAGGGAGAAGCAGCAGCUACGGGCCCAGAGUGAUUCCCGGGGCCUGGCCCUUGACGCCCACAUGCAGGAGGCCCUGGAGGCCAAGGAGCGAGAGGUGCGGCAGCUGGCUGAAGGUCAGAGGGAGCUUGAAGCCCAACUUCACGACCUCAGCAGCACGCAGCAGAAGGCCAGUUCAGAGAACCAGCAGCUCCGGGAGGUCGAGCGGGAUCUGGCCGGGAAGCUGGAAGACGUGCGGGGACAGCUGCAGGUGACCAGGGGACGUCUGGAUGCUGCCAGGGGUCGAGUGUCCUGGCAGAUAGAGGAAAAACAGAGCGCCCCCAGAGCGAGGGAAGAGAAGGCCUCCUCGGGUCCUCGGGCUGCCUCUCCCCAGGAGGCCCCGCUGCCUGGGCUGUUUGAGGCAGGCGAUGAUUGGGACCAGCUCCUGAGUGACUUCGGCAGCCCCCCCCACCAAGCCAUGCAGCUCACCUGGAGCCCGCCCCCCACCCCUAGAGACACCUCGGGUUCCCAGACGCCCCGCGUGGUCAGGCAGAUCUCCAUCUCCUCGCCACACGCCGAACUGGUACCAAUUGGUCAGGAGCAGGCCUCCGAUCUAGAUGGGGCACCGGGGAGCCCCUCCAGGGUGCCUUCCAGCAUCAAGGACCAGAUAGGGACCUUGGAAGACCCCAAGGAGCAGAACAACAGUCCCAAGCAGCCUGUGGACAUCCCUGGCCUGGAAGCCAGGCCCCAGGCCCGCUUCCUCUGGGACCUCCCAGGAGUCCCAGCAGUGGAGUGGGGGAGUCUGCAGACACCCCCCCUCAGAGUGCAGCUUGCUCCGGAGGCUAGGCCUCCUCCCCAGGAUCCCUCUCUCCCUCCCCAGGCCUCGGCUGGGCCCAGUCAACAGUUCCAGGAUGACCAGGGCCCUGAGGACCCAGCUAAGCUGCCCAGCUGGGCAGAGACCCUCCCUCAGGAGCCGCACGACGUUGUAGUCUCUGAUCCGGGUUCAGGCUCCCAGGGGAUCAUCUUGAAGUGCUUGCAGAGCCUAGAGUCCGUGGAUGAAGAAGACCAGGCUGGCAAGGAGGCCCAUCCUGGGGGGCUGCAGGAAGCUCACGGGCAGGCCCCCGGGCCAGAUGGGCUGCCCGCUAGCACCCUCCCGAGCCCGGAAGCACAGCUUGAGGCCGAGGAAGGGGAUUCAGCCGAUGGAGGCCUACAGGACCUGGGUUCACAGCAGGUCACCGGGGCUCAUGGUCCAGACACUGGACAUCCAGACUGGCUCCAGCAAGAUGGUCAGCCAACUCCUGCCCAGUCUGACAUGUCAUGGGCUCCAGUGGAGGCAGAAAUUCCUGCUCUGGGCAAGCUGAUCCUUCCGAGUAUCUCUGCACCCACAGGGGCUCAGCCUGGGGCUGUGGAUGGGCUUCCAGAGUCCACUCCAACCCUCCCCAUCCCGGCGGAACUGGAAGCCCAGCCCAGGCCCCUGUCCAUGCCUGUACAGUCAGAGAAAGAGCCAGACCUCCUACAGCCUGAGGAGCCAGGAGUGGACUCAGAGGAGGCCAAGCUGCCCUCCUCUUUGGGAGAUCCCACAGCCAGCAAGCUUCUGGCUGACCCUGACUACCUCUUCCACGUCGUCUUUGUGGGCGACUCCAACGUGGGCAAGACCUCCUUCCUGCACCUGCUGCACCAUGACUCCUUCGCCACCGGGCUGACAGCCACAGUGGGAGUGGACUUCCGCGUCAAAAGUCUGCUGGUGGACAACAGGUGCUUCGCGCUGCAGCUCUGGGACACAGCAGGUCAGGAGAGGUACCACAGCCUGACGCGUCAGCUGCUCCGCAAGGCAGAGGGCGUGGUGCUCAUGUACGAUGUCACCUCCCGAGAGAGUUUUGCCCACGUGCGUUACUGGCUGGGCUGUCUGCAGGACGCGGGCGCGGACACGGCGGUCAUCCUCCUUCUGGGGAACAAGAUGGACUGUGAAGAGGAGCGUCAGGUGCCCACAGAAGCCGGCCGGCGACUGGCCCAGGAGCUGGGGGCCUCUUUCAGUGAGUGCAGCGCUGCCCUGGGCCACAACAUCCUGGAGCCGAUGGUGAACCUGGCUCGGUCCCUCAAGACCCAGGAAGAGCGCCUGAAGGGCUCGCUAGUGGAGGUGACCUCCCUGAAACCACCCAAGAGAUACGGCUGCUGCUCUUGAUUCUCAGCUCCUGUCUGGCCCCGGGGGACUCAGCCACAACAGAGGCCUGGCUAGAAUGUUCUGAAACACCCCUCUCCCCUCCCCCCAUUGUAUCCAAAGCAGUGCUCCA